AUGUCGAGCAAAGGUAACAAAGCAUUCACGAAGGAAGAGGAAUUAUUGCUGCAAGAUUUUAGCAGAAAUGUUUCAACAAAAUCAUCAGCCCUAUUUUAUGGGAAUGCCUUUAUCGUAUCAGCUAUUCCUAUUUGGUUAUUCUGGAGGGUACACGCUCUGGAGGUAAGCCCUUCCUUGGCGUGGUUUGCGAUGGUGACGACGGCGAGUACUUGGUUACUGGCUUUAGCGUACCGUAACACCAAGUUCCAACUGAAACACCGUGUUGCUGUCCGAAGACAGGACGCUGUUGCCCGCGAAAUGGCCCGUGAGCUUGCAGAUGACAGAAAAAUGAGCCGGAAGGAGAAGGAUGAGAGGAUCUUGUGGAAGAAAAACGAAGUGGCUGACUAUGAAGCUACCACAUAUUCAAUUUUCUACAAUAACGCGCUGUUUCUGACCAUCGUCAUCCUCAGCAGUUUCUACCUCCUGCGCUCUUUCACACCCACUGUUAACUACAUUGUCUCCCUCACAGUUGCCUCAGGACUUCUGGCUCUGCUCUCCACCGGUACUAAGUGA